ACCACCUCAACAUGGUCUGUCACACACAUGGUCAGUACCACCUCAACAUGGUCUGUCACACACAUGGUCAGUACCACCUCAACAUGGUCUGUCACACACAUGGUCAGUACCACCUCAACAUGGUCUGUCACACACAUGGUCAGUACCACCUCAACAUGGUCUGUCACACACAUGGUCAGUACCACCUCAACAUGGUCUGUCACACACAUGGUCAGUACCACCUCAACAUGGUCUGUCACACACAUGGUCAGUACCACCUCAACAUGGUCUGUCACACACAUGGUCAGUACCACCUCAACAUGGUCUGUCACACACAUGGUCAGUACCACCUCAACAUGGUCUGUCACACACAUGGUCAGUACCACCUCAACAUGGUCUGUCACACACAUGGUCAGUACCACCUCAACAUGGUCUGUCACACACAUGGUCAGUACCACCUCAACAUGGUCUGUCACACACAUGGUCAGUACCACAACUGCAACACCUCCGCAACACGUUCUGUCAGGCAUACGGUCAGUACCACAACUGCAACACGGUCUGUCAGGCAUACGGUCAGUACUACAACUGCAUCACGGUCUGUCAGGCAUACGGUCAGUACCACAACUGCAUCACGGUCUGUCAGGCAUACGGUCAGUACCACAACUGCAUCACGGUCUGUCAGGCAUACGGUCAGUACCACAACUGCAUCACGGUCUGUCAGGCAUACGGUCAGUACCACAACUGCAUCACGGUCUGUCAGGCAUACGGUCAGUACCACAACUGCAUCACGGUCUGUCAGGCAUACGGUCAGUACCACAACUGCAUCACGGUCUGUCAGGCAUACGGUCAGUACCACAACUGCAUCACGGUCUGUCAGGCAUACGGUCAGUACCACAACUGCAUCACGGUCUGUCAGGCAUACGGUCAGUACCACAACUGCAUCACGGUCUGUCAGGCAUACGGUCAGUACCACAACACCACCGCUAAGGUCUGUCACACACAUGGUCAGUACCACAACUGCAACACCUCCGCAACAUGGUCUGUCAGGCAUACGGUCAGAAACACAACACCACCGCAACUGCAACACAAUCUGUCAUGGCACAACUUCAAUAUAACUCCUAUAUAACUGCUGUACAACACAAGGCUGGUUGG